UAAAAAUAGACACAAACAUUUAUGGAGCAUUAAAACUUUAUGUUGUAAAUAACAUACAAAGUGAUACUAUCAUGGCAGCUUUAGUUGAUUCUCAAUCUGCUGUAGUACAACAGUCAUUUCAAAAUGGAGUUGAUGAGGAAAUCAUCAAUAAUAUCAAAGAACUGAUCAUCAACAGAACAGGAUACCCCCCAGUCAAUGCAGACCAUUUGUACGUCUUCAAACAGCACAUGGAUAAUUUUCCUCACCCCUGUCCUACUAUGGGUGAUAGUAUCUCUGGAGGAACUUUUCCUACCCCCAAUCCAACACAAAACAUUGCUGAAGAUCUUGCAGGCUGGGAGGAUGUUGAUUCACAGCAAUACAAUUAUGUACAGGCCAUCUUUAACCAUGUAUCACAAGAGGAUCAACAGCAUGCAUACAACCAUUUCUUCCAAAAACUAAGUCGUGCUCCAAGAGUCCUGGAGUUUUCUCGCUUCCUGCUGAUCUAUGAAGGUAAUGACCAGCCUGACACAUCUCGCAAGACAUUAGGGCAGCUAUACUUAGAAAAUGAAGAGUUCAGAGAAACUCUUAAUAGUCAUCUCAAAAGUAUGGAACUUCUCAGAGAAAUGUUGAGCUCUAAAGACACCAUAAUAGAAAUAUUGGGACAGUCCAGUUCAGACAGUAUGAAAAAGAUCGAUGAUCUACAAACGCACAAGUUAAACCUUCAGAGAAUCCUGUGUACAGUCCAGCAGGAGAAGGCACAGCUCCAGCUAGACCAUAAUUCCCUGCAACAGAAUCAUAACCAGUGCCUUACUGAGCUGGAGGAUGAAAGGAAGGACAAACAAAUGUUAAAAUACAGGUGUGAACAGUUACAGACAGACAAACAGGCACUUCAGAACACAAUUACAUCACAGACAGAAACAAUCACAGACAUGCAGGUCACCAUUCAUGAACACGAACACAAUUCAGACAGACUGACCGACUCGAUCACAGAGCUUAAACAGAAACUGCACAGAGAACGUUAUGAGAAAUCAACUAUUUUGCAAAAGUUAGAGGAAAAGUUAGAAGUUAUUUCAGAAUUGGAGGAAGAUAGGGCAAUAUUUAUGAUGGAAAAUGAGGCACAGAGGGAAUAUUUUUUAGAUGUGAAGGGGGAAAAAAUAAGACUACAGAGAGAAAACAAAGAUUUGAGAGAAUUUGUAGAGAUUUCCAGAAGUAUUUUGGCUUCUCAAUAUGACAAACUGAUUCAGUCAAUGGAAGUAAAUUUGGACAAACUUGAUAGAAAUUUGUCUCAUAUGACAGAAAGAAAUUCCCAUUUGUCCCAAACUGUGAUGGAACAGUCCCAAACUAUCACUGAUCUUGAGAGCAGGAACUCUCAUCUUGAAAGUACAACAGCAGAACAAUGCAUUACAAUUUCUGAUCUUGAGAGCAAGAACUCUCAUCUUGAGAGCAAGAACUCACAUCUUGAAUGUUUAACAACAGAUAUUCAAAGUAAAAACACUCAGCAAAACAAAACAAUUACUGAGCUUCAGCAACAAAACCAAGGGUUUCAGCAACAAAACCAAGGGCUUCAGCAACAAAACCAAGGGCUUCAGCAACAAAACCAAGGGCAGCAAUUUUUCAUUCUUUUCUUAGUGGUGGUCAUCUUCACACUGAUCUGUUUACAAUUCUCAAAUCAAGGAAGCAAUGACAACAUCAUAUCAUAUUUAUUUAUAGAUAGUGAUUAUGAUAAGCUUAAUAUCAAAUUCAAUGGAUAUUUGAUGUCAUUAGCAGCAGAGGAGGAGAGUGACCACCCUGGCUGUGAUGUGACGGCCAUGUUGGAUCUCCAGGUAUCCGAGAUUGAAAUGCUGACCAGUAUGUUCCCUGACAAAGCAGAGUUUUCACUUGAUGACCCUUCUGCACUGGAGAAUGUAAAGUCUUUCUUAGCAGGACAUAUUAAGUAUGAAUAUCUUCACAAAAGAAUAGGAUUCUCUCUUCAUGUUCAUCCAGAAGGAUCUCAGUUAUCAGUGGAAUUGGUAUGCACUUUCCCCCAUGAGUAUCCCCAAGCUCCUCCAAAUGUUUUCACUCGAUGUCCAAAUAUGAGUAAGGAGAAUCAUAGGAAACUCAACGAGGAUUUGCAUGAAUUCAUGCAGAGUUUGGACCGUGGAGAAAUCUGUAUGUAUUCAGUGAUCGAAUGGAUUCAAGACAACAUUGAUAACUAUGUUCAGGCAUUGAAAGAGAGCGAUUCCGUUCCAGUCACUGAGGUUCAGUAUGAUACAGUAUUGUCUAGGCUGUGGAUCUACAGUCACCACAUCUACAGCAAGUUCAAACGGAGGGACAUUCUGGACUGGGCAGACGAAUUGAAAUUAACUGGAUUUAGUCUACCUGGAAAACCCGGUGUAAUCUGUGUGGAGGGGUACAGUCGCAAUGUGGAGGACUACUGGCAUCGACUGAGGGGGAUGAACUGGAAAAGGAUUGUUAUCAGAGAGAAAGAGGAGGUGGACAUUGGUGAUGAUGAUAUUGUCAAACAUCGAAAAUUUUCAAACUUUGAGGAAAAGGUGUUCAAUGUCCGAGGAGGCAAAGGGAGGGAGUACCACAUGGACUUUGGACAGUUACACUCCUAUCUUGAAGAACAUCAGAGUGGGCAUAUAUUUAGCAUAUAUUUUGGGGUUGAUGGGAAAACUAAUUAAAACUCUGGGUUGUAUAUUCUAAUAAAUGCAUGUACAUGUUUAGUAUGAA